UCUGUGAAGAAGGGGUGUGGGUGGGGGGUGGAGGGGUAUGUCGAAGUGGAGAAGGGCUGGAGGGGUGUGGAGACAAACCAUAGGUAUGCGUGUGUGUGGGGGGGAAACACGCUGAGUGUGCGUCUCAUCUAAUAGAGCCUCGGAGCGCAUUAUCUUCCCCGUCAUCUCCGUCUGUGCGGUUGGUGCUGCGCCUUGCUGGGGAAACGGCCAGGAGAAGAUGCGUUGAUGCGAGCGGAUAUUCUCAGCAGCCGAGACUAAUUGUCUGUGAUUCAUGUCCCUGUUGAGUGGCUGAAACCUAUUCAUAGCCAGGGAGAAGGAGAGAAAGGGAAGAGUGGGGACGGGAUCCGCGCAGAGAUCCGCUCUCAGCAGUCUUUGGAAAUAUAGGAAGCAGAUCGCAGAGAGGAGGAAAGCGCGCCAGCAGGUCAAAGUUUCUUUCGCGGUACUGUGUGUGUGUGCGUGCGUGCGUUUGUGUGUAUGGGAUGGGGUGGGGGGUUCCCUUUUCCGUGGACAUCAUCGUGCUUCAGGUUUGACGCCGUGAUGGAAUGACACCAGAAAAGAGGAUGAUGGACACUUUGGCACCGGAGUCUUGCUCAGAGAUCCCCCGCGUUUCCAGCAGGCGCGGUGCUGACCGAGCCCUCAGGACGGUGAUCAGUCAUUUGUUUUGAAGUGGCAGGAAAAUCCUCCUCUUGAUUGAAACAAGAGCGAGAGAUGGUGCGCGCAGCGAUUCCUCGGAGACUGACGUGCGUACUCAUCACGUUCCCGUUAAGGAGCGCGUCUUAAAGAGCUUCAUUCUUCGUUCAUGUUCAUUCUGCUGCUCUGAACUUGUUGAGCGGCGUUAAAGAGCAGCGGGACUCCCAGAGAGGCACUCAGAGAAAUUGCCAGAUCGUCACACAGGACGAGUACCAUGAUUGACAGCCAGGCAAGCUGAGGAGACCCGUCACUCAUCUUCCUAUCAGCGUGUCAGAGGGCUAUCUCCGUCUUGCCUCCCCCCUCUUCCUUCUCUCCUCCACCAUCCUCCUCCCUCCCUCGGUCCUGUCUUAUCUUCUCAAUGGGCUGGUAGCCUCACCAUCCCUCAAAUCAUCCACCGCCCCUCGAAAACCCGAAAGAGACAGAAAUUGUACUGAAAAACACUUGUAAAGCAACCCCGUGCUCCACCGAAAGGGAGUUUGGCAUGCCUCCUCACUCUUCUUGAGUGAAGCGUAGUAAGUGGAAGUUGAAGAGCGAUCCCUUGUUUGUACACCCUUCAGAAGGAGAUACGGCUCCUUAACAAGGAGCUGAGAAAGGGCCAGUCAUGCGUUUCCACUUUGCGCUGACGCUGCAGGCACUGUGGACUGGUGUUUGCCAGGCAGCCAUGCAGCACUACCCUGCUGCAGCAUGGGGACAUUACGAUGUGUGCAAGUCCCAGGUUUAUUCAGAUGAAGGCUUAACCUGGGACUACAUGGCCUGCCAACCCGAGGCAGCAGAUAUGACCCAGUACCUAAAGGUGACUCUAGAUCCUCCCAACAUCACCUGUGGAGACCCUCCAGAGACGUACUGUGCCCUGGAAAACCCUUACAUGUGUAACAAUGAAUGUGACGCCACCACUGAAGAGCUCGCCCACCCUCCAGGGCUGAUGUUCGACACUGAGGGCCGCAACCCCACAACCUUCUGGCAGUCCACCUCCUGGAAGAAGUACCCAAAACCCCUACUGGUCAACAUCACUCUAUCUUGGAACAAAACCAUUGAGCUGACUGAAGACAUUGUCCUCACCUUUGAGUCAGGCCGGCCCGAACAGAUGGUCCUAGAAAAAUCACUAGAUUAUGGACGAACCUGGCAGCCCUACCAGUUCUACGCCACUGAUUGCUUGGACGCCUUCACCAUGGAGCCCAAGACGGUGCAAGACCUAACUCAGCAUACCCUGCUGGACAUUAUCUGCACCGAGGACUACUCACGAGGGUACGUGUGGAAGAACGACAAAACUGUACGCUUUGAGAUCAAGGACCGAUUUGCACUGUUUGCUGGACCCCGGCUCCACAACAUGGCCUCACUUUACGGCCAGCUAGACACGACCAAGAAGCUGAGGGACUUCUUUACCAUUACUGAUCUGAGAAUCCGCCUGCUCCGACCUGCCACAGGAGCGACGAUGGUGGAUGAGAACAACCUGUCCAGAUACUUCUAUGCCAUUUCUGACAUCAAAGUUCAGGGCAGGUGCAAGUGCAAUCUUCACGCCAACAGCUGCGUGUAUGACAAAGAGAAGUUGAGCUGUGAGUGUGAACACAACACCACUGGGCCCGACUGCGGCCGCUGUAAGAGGAACUACCAGGGGCGAGCGUGGAGUGCUGGCUCAUACCUGCCCAUACCCAAGGGCACCGCAAAUAUCUGUAUUCCUAGUAACAUUGGUCCAGUUAACUGCGAAUGCUUCGGCCACUCCAACCGAUGCAGCUAUAUCGAGCUGCUAAACACCGUCAUUUGCGUGAGCUGUAAGCACAACACUAGGGGCCAGCACUGCCAGCUAUGCAAGCUGGGCUACUACCGCAAUGCCUCAGCAGAACUGGACGAUGAAAAUGUGUGCAUAGAAUGUAAUUGUAAUCCCUAUGGCUCAGUCAAUGAUCGCUGUAAUGGCACAGGAUUUUGUAUAUGUAAGGAGGGCACUACAGGGCCUAAGUGUCAGGAGUGUCUGCCCGGCUAUUUGUGGGACAAUGGCUGCAAAUCCCGGGUGUGUGACAACGAACUCCUGCGCUGCCAAAACGGUGGGACGUGUAUCAGCAACGUCCGCUGCAACUGUCCACCGGGCUAUACGGGUUUGCUGUGUGAGAAGCGCCGCUGCGAGUCAGAGCUGGGAGGCUGUGGGGGCCCAGAUUCAGGCCAGGCUCACCUGACACCUCCAUCCACCUCCAGGCUGCUGCUGCUGCUGCUGCUAGGCUCGGCUCUGCUGAGAGAGGCCUCCUGCCGGCCCGCUGUGCUCUAAAGAGACCCAUUACCUGGUGGGAGUCGCACACUUCCCACCUUCUCCACCUUAACCCAAGCUCAUCCCCCUCCCCUUUCAGAUAAUCAACAACCAUUUAAAAAAGAACAACCAUGAGCUUUCUGGACUGUAAUGUUCUGAGCUUCUCCGCCUCCAGACUCAAUGGACACUCGCACUGACAAUAAAGGGAAUGUGCCAGUCAAA